GUUUUCCUCUUAAUAGACUGGUGCCCGCUUGCAAAGUGUCAAAGGCAAAGAUAAACGUCUGGGACCCAUGCAUACCGACGUGCUGCACAACAUGACAAAAUGGCCACCAUCGACCUGGAGAAAGUUCGUGUUGUUGUCGUGGGCGAUUCGGGUGUAGGCAAGUCUUCCCUAGUUCACCUCAUAUGUCGAGGUCGCCCUAACCCGAGUCCAGGCUGGACGAUAGGAGCCACGGUAGAUGUCAAGAUUCAGGAGUAUAAAGAGGGCACGCCGGCGCAGAAGAGUUACUUUGUGGAAUGUUGGGACAUCGGAGGGUCAGUCAACCAUGCGAAUAGCAGGCACAUCUUCUACAAUCCCGUCAACGGAAUCAUCCUGGUGCACGAUCUGACAAACAGAAAAUCCCACGCCAACCUCCGGCUGUGGCUGAGCGAGGUGUUGAACAGGGGGUCGACGUACGGCUCCACCAAGAGCCGAUCAAGUACCAGGUAA